GCGCCAUUCCCCCUCACCUGCUACCCUCCCCACAACCAACAAACCAUCUCUCCGUCACAAAGCCUAGACGUCCUGGACAGCCACGGUUGCGAAGACAGUGCUGCUAAUGGUGGGUAUUUGGCAAUCGCUGUAACUGUGAAGCGCUGCACGAUCCGAUUCACACUCAAAUACAUACAGAAUAAGUGGGGUCCUGGGUUCUGUCCCUCACAUAAUCAAGCCACCGGCGCUUAACUCGCACCAAUCUAGUAUGCUGUGUGGGAUAAAUGCAGUUGGUAUUUAAACUUGCAGCUGCCCUCGCUCCCACAGGAGGCAUUUCCUUCUUCAUUACUCCUGCUGCGAACAUUUCUCAAGGCACCCAUUUCAAAUCUUGCAGCAAAGGUUGAACAUGGCGGAUCCUUUGAGCGUCACUGCCUCGGCGGUGGGUAUCAUUACGGUUGCUAUCCAAUCCGCAAGGUCCCUCGUUGAAACUAUAAAGCGCUUCAGAGAUCGUGACAAGACUUUGCGUAGGCUUCAAGAUGAGCUGAAGGACCUUACCAGUAUCUUGGAUGCUCUGGCCCAAGUGAACAAGUCCGAAACGUCCAUGCUGGCCCUUCUGCAAGAUCCAGUUACCCGAUGCAGCCAGGUAUGCUGUGAAUUCGAAGCAUCGAUGAAAGCCUUCGGUGCCAAAUCGAAGACUGGCAUUCGCGAUUGGGCCAAGCUGGAAUUUAUGCGAGGUGAUAUCAAUGAAUUCAUAGACACUAUCGCAGGAUACAAGUCAACAAUUUCAGUUGGCCUAGGCACCAUUACCAUGCAAACCACCAAAAUCUCUCAGCAAGUUCUUGAAGAAUACAAUGAAAUGGUCCAGGACACCGCAUAUAACCUUGAGGUCCAGUUACAGCGGAUUGAUGAGAAAUUGGCGCGAUUUACUAUGGAUACGGCUGAAGCCUCGGGAGUAGGCCCAGAUCUGAACGACGAGAAAGAAGUAACCAAGCAAUGCAUUCGAAUUUGCCAAGAUGCAAAAUCUUAUAUCGAAACAUUGACAAACCGUGGAUCGUCUAUACUACAAGGAGCGUCUCGUAGUACUGCCGAAGAUGACACGCAAAAGGUCUUCGAAGCGCAAUUGCUGACGCGGCAAGCUCUGGAUAAAAACCGGGAUACUUUCACAGAGAUCAUUGGACAACUUGGCAAACGUCUAGAGAUCCUUUUGCUCAGCAAUGGUCCGAAAGAUACUAACGACCGCCAGCGGUUACAAGAAGACAUCAACAUAUCGAUGCAGUGCCUAGAGGUGUGCAAGGUGGCUAGCGAAGUGUCCCGUCAGAAAAUAUAUAAAGUUGGGGAAGUGGUUGCCGAAGAUAACAGCGACCAAGUAGUGGUAACUACUUUAGCCGAUCUAUUUGAUGUCAAGAAAGCGUCGUCUACUGGCAAUUCGGCGCAGUUGGUUGGUUCAAUGACAGAAGAUGCUCUUUGCCAUUUGACAGAAAAGCGCUAUAGCAGUCGUUUUGGGGCUGUGGCUGGUGCUUCCCACAAUACAGAAGUAACGACCACACCCAGCAGAUCGCCAUCAGCCUUUGAAAAUCGAACGACCAAGCACUCCUUUGCGCCCCAAGCUUCCAAUGACGAGCAGCCCUCUAGCCUGGGCACGAGGCGCAGUGCACCGUCUCCCAACGAGGUGAGGAAACGGGCAACAAGUGGCACAACGGACUAAGGUUAUAUAGUAUAGGAGCGAGUCAAGUUUGAAGAUCCUUUGGCUCGACCUAUUUUUCUCCGAUUAACUUAGAGCCAAGGUCCUGUAUUGGAUAUGGUCCCAAAGGAGAACAUAUAAUAUGCGGGAUAUACUAGCAGGCAAGUGUUGUAUAGCCAUGAUCUUGUCUGCAGAUAGGGUUACGGAGUAUAUAUACAAGGAUGCAUUGAUAUAUAGAAACAGUAACUCAGUAUAUAAG